AUGUCUGGACUGUCUCAACAUCAGCAUGUUUUCCGAGUCGCAAAGCGUGAUGCUACGAACGAUGGCACACAGUCUCACGUGGCGAAGCGAAAUCGUCAGUCGGUAUCAUGCUUACCUUGUAGGACUCGAAAGCUGAAGUGUGACCGACAGAUCCCGUGCGUGUCAUGCUCAAAGAGAGGUGAUGAGACUUCGUGCGCAUAUUCCAAUGGCGCCACAAAUGGGCGCGAUAGACGUGGAGGCGAAGCUCGAGAUUCCGAAGCACAGCUCCGCUUACAGAAGCUAGAGGAGAUGGUCACUAGUCUCAUGCGAACGACCAAAGAGGAUUCGGAGAUUCUUCGCAACGAGAUGUCCCCUCAGGCUGUGAUAGCCGACCAGCGCUUCAACAAUCUCCCGCCUCCAACCUCGGAUUCGUCUCCGGAAGCACAGUUGAACAUGAACGGUCCAGAGAGAAGCUAUGUCAACGCCACCCAUUGGACAGCGAUACUAGAGAAUAUUCGAGACAUACAAGGCGUUCUUGAGCAGCAUCCGGGUGAUACGGGAGAAAUACAACCACCCGUUGCUUCCAAUGGUCCUGACAUUGUACUUGACACAAACCAAUCAAUGACACUUACGGACGCUUGCAAUUCCCUACCACCAAGACCUACAUUGAACAAGCUCCUUUCCGUGUACUUCAACUCAAUGCACAGUCAGACCCCGAUCCUUCAUACGGGGAAGUUUCUCAGAGAGUACGAAUCAUUUUCCGUCGAACCUUCUUCCGUCUCUUUCCUCUGGAUCUCAAUGCUCUUUUCGGCACUGUAUAUCGGUUCCCAAAUUCACGAAGGGGGUGAUCAAGAGGUUCUUGGUUCUUCGAACAGUCCUCCGAGAGCGACGUUCCUCAAGAGAGCCGGCCAAGCUCUUAUUGCUGGCAGAUAUCAGAAAGCCAAACCAUAUUCUGUAGAGGCCGUGCUGUUAUAUGGAGUAUGCAAGUAUAUACAGAAGGAAGAACAAGACAACGAUGCCUGGAUGAUUAUGGGAAUUAGUACACGCCUUGCUAUGAAGAUGGGAUACCACAGAGAUCCUGGCAAUCUUGUCAACAUUUCCCCAUUCGAAGGGGAGAUGAGGAGGAGGACUUUCUGCAUCCUAGAGGCCUUCGACCUACUGCUGUCUUUCCAGGCUGGGUUACCCACAGUAAUCUACGAGGAAGAGUGUGAUACCGAGCCACCAAGCAACCUUUUCGAUACAGAUUUUGACGAGGACUGUAAAGCUCUCCCACCUUCUCGGCCGCCAAUUGACUCAACACCAAUGUUAUACUAUCGUUACAAAAGUCGACUAGCGAAGAUAUUCCGCCGCAUUCAUCGGCAUGCACUUUCAUUCAAAAUCUCAUCGUAUGAAGAUACAAUGAAACUGGAUGCUGAGCUUGAGGAGACGCACAAGGAUGUGCCUCCCAGUCUUCGAAUGAGACCCUUGGCUUUGUCAUUCACAGAUCAGCCUUAUAUGAUACUGAACAGGCUGUACUCUGACCUGUUGUAUCUGAAAAGUAUCUGCGUCUUGCAUCGAAAGUAUCUCAGCCAGGACAGGUCGGACCCAUCGUUUGGCUACUCCCGAAGGGUUUGUGGCGACGCAGCUCUGCAUAUACUGAAACAUCAAGCCGAGCUUCAUGGAGCAUGCCAACCGGGGGGGCUAUUUUACGACCACAAAUGGAUGCUCUCGAGUCUUUCAUGCCAUGACUUCCUCUUGGCAGCAAUGAUCACCUGCCUGGACCUCUACGAGUUCCACAAGCAGUCGGCUACUUCAUCGGCAAAAGGUAUGGAGGCUCAAGUCAAAAAAUACGACGCUUUGAAACACUCUCAUGGCAUCUGGACGUCGCGCAGAGAGUUCUCUCGGGAUGCGCGGUAUGCUUCAAGCGUUCUCGCUGUCAUGCUCUCGAAAGUGCCAAGACCAAGUUUCCCGGGAAAAGCGCCCCAGAAGAUUUCGAGUAUGACGCAGACCCCAAUGAAUGGGAACGGACCAUUCGGUGCAACAGUGAGCCACCCGGAGAGCUCGCCGUGGAACAUGGACGAAUUCGAUCUUACAGACCAAGAGCUUCUUACCAAUAAUUACGCUCCACUUGAUUUCGCUUCUACGAGUACUCUGAACACGGUCUUCAGCGAGUUCGACAACAUUGAUUGGGGUCUCGUUGAUCAAUCUUUAGUUGGUCUCAUUGGUGACGAUGAUGUUCCAUUUGAUUGGCAGUUACUCGACGCGUCUGAAGCACAAGCUGUGACAUGA